CUGGUCUCGGGGAGGCGACGGGCGAAGGCAUUUGGGAACCCAGGGUGGCUGCGGCGGCGCCCCCCAUCUCUUCCCCUUUCCCAGGGCCGGAGUUGUCCGGAGCCUGCCAUUGCUCCCGAUCAGCCUGCGUCCCUCACUAUCCUUCCUUCCCCCCGUGCCUGCCGCGGCACCGGUAUCUGCAGUCGCAGCCCGGGGCCGGUAAGGCGGCGAAGGGGGGAAGGGAAGGAGGCAAGUGAUGAGAGCCGGGAGGGCGUCGGGGGCCCUGAGCCGGACUAGGACGCCCCUGGAGCCGGAACCCGAGCAGGAGCCGAAGCCGGAGCCAGACCCAAACCACCGCCCCCUUACCCCAGGAGGCGCCCUGGCCCGCGCUCGCCCCCCAGGGCCUCAUGUCGGAACCACAGCCUGACCUGGAACCACCCCAACAUGGUCUGUACAUGCUCUUCCUGCUUGUGCUGGUCUUCUUCCUCAUGGGCCUCGUGGGCUUCAUGAUCUGCCACGUGCUCAAGAAGAAGGGCUACCGCUGCCGCACGUCCAGGGACUCAGAACCUGAUGACACCCAGCUCCAGCCCCCUGAGGACGAUGACAUGAAUGAGGACACAGUGGAGAGGAUUGUUCGCUGCAUCAUCCAAAAUGAAGCCAAUGCUGAGGCCUUGAAGGAGAUGCUGGGGGAUAGUGAAGGAGAAGGGACAGUACAGCUGUCCAGUGUGGAUGCCACGUCCAGCCUGCAGGACGGAGCCCCCUCUCAUCAUCACACCGUGCACCUGGGCUCUGCAGCACCUUGCAUCCACUGCAGCCGCAACAAGAGGCCCCCACUUGUCCGGCAGGGACGCUCCAAGGAAGGAAAGAGCCGUUCCCGGCCUGGGGAGACCACCGUGUUCUCUGUGGGCAGGUUCCGGGUGACACACAUUGAGAGGCGCUAUGGGCUGCAUGAGCAUCGCGAUGGCUCCCCUACGGACAGGAGCUGGGGAUCUGGUGGGGGACAAGACCCAGGGAGUGGUCAGGGGUCUGGGGGAGGGCAGCCCAGGGCAGGGAUGAGAGCCAUUGAGAGCCUGCCCCCUGAGAGGCCACCACAGCCCCAGGCCCUCGCCAGCCCCCCAGUGCAGAACGGAGGACUCAGGGACAGCAGCUUUGUCCCUUGUGCACUUGGGGGGAACCCUGGAGCCUCUGCAGAACCAACACUGGGGGCUGGAGGAAGGGGCCCAAGCCCGGGACUGGCCAGUCAAGAGGCAAAUGGACAGCCAAGCAAAGCAGACACCUCAGAUCACCAGGUAUGAAGAUGUGGCCAGGGAUGUGGUGGGCUGAGCUCUUAGUGCCCCCUACUGUGGAAAUGAGGGUGCAUGGAUAUGACCCACAUCCUGUCCUCCCAUUGUUGACCCCUCCUCUCACUCAGGUGUCUCCAGCACGGGGAGC